UAUAUACUGUAUGAAUUGGAAAUGAAAUGUAUACUACUGUACCAAUCGUAAAUUCUCUUCUCUCUUUCUCUCUCUCUCUAUAUAUAUAUACACACACACAAUAUAUAUUUAUAUCUCAUAAGAUUUGAAGGAAUUAAUACCAGAGACAAGCUGUAUUAUGAGGAAAGUUACUUUUCUUACUCUAAGUAAUACUUAUCAAACAUAUUUUUAUACAAAACAUAAGAAAUUUAGACAAGGAAAAUAAUUAUUCAAGAAUGGCUCAAAGUGCUUCUCUUUUAACACGUAUAGUGGCUACUUCUAUAUCAGCUACAAUACGUGCAGGUAAAAUAAUUCGCGAUGUUAUGAGUCAAGGAGGCUUAAAAAUAGUAGAAAAGGGCAAAAAUGAUUUACAAACUGAAGCUGAUCGGUGUGCACAGAAAUGUAUUAUAACUUCUUUAAGUCAACUAUUUCCGAACAUCACUAUUAUUGGAGAAGAAGAACCCAAUAGUUGUGAAAUACCGUCCGAUUGGAUUGUUACCGAAGCAGAUCAAGAUAUUUUGAAGUUGAAGUUGCCAGCGCAUCUUGAAAAUAUAGAUCCAAAAGAUGUGUGCGUUUGGGUAGAUCCUUUAGAUGGUACAUCUGAAUACACACAAGGACUUGUAGAGCAUGUUACGGUAUUAGUGGGAGUAGCAAUUGGAAAGAAAGCAGUUGGUGGUGUGAUUCAUCAGCCAUAUUAUAAGGAUAAUGAAAAGGGUAUAUUGGGUCGUACAUUAUGGGCAAUUAAUGAAGUAGGAUAUGGUGGAUUUGUACCAAUUUCACCUCCUGAUGGAAAAAGAUUUAUUACAACCACACGUUCUCAUUCGGAUAAAAAUGUUAAAGCUGCUAUAGAUGCUUUGAGCCCAGAUGAGGUAAUUCGUGUAGGUGGUGCAGGCCAUAAAGUAAUUCUACUUUUGGAAGGUAAAGCACAUGCUUAUGUAUUUGCCAGUAAAGGUUGCAAAAAAUGGGAUACUUGUGCACCUGAAGCAGUGUUGCAUGCAAUUGGUGGAACUUUAACUGAUUUUUAUGGAGAAAAAUAUGCGUAUCAUGCAGAAACAAUACAUCCGAAUUUAAGAGGUGUUUUAGCUACUGCUCCUGGAGAGGCACAUCAGUGGUAUUUAAAUCAUAUACCAGAAGAAGUCAAACAAAAUUUACAAUAAGUAAUUUGCUUCAAUGUUACACUUUUUAUGUCAUUCCUUAAUGAAUUUAUUUAUAUACUUAUUAUAGUUUAAUGAACACUUUCUUUGGCUCGCAUUCGCCCCACAUAGAACAUUCCGUUCACGCCUUUUUAUAUUUUCAUCAAGAACGAAAAUUUUCGAAAAGAUUUUUUCUAAAAUCUUAUAUCGAAUAACGUCCAACUGAAUAACAUCCGUAGUGCAUUUAUCAUACAAUGGGUCAUUAAUUCUAAGGAGCCAUGAAAAUCAUUUUUUGCAUUAUUAUAAAUAUUGUAAAAUAUACGUCAGAAAAAUUAUUUAUCAUGAUAACAUAGAGGUGAAUACGCGAUCUAAACGGAAAGACAUUAAAUGUCGAUUAUGCACGAAACAUUAACAAUCUAUAAUAUUUUAUUCUACAUUAGAAUAAUUCAUGCUGUAGAUGUAGUAUAACUACAAAAUAAAAUCUUUACGAAUUUA